CUAUCGCAACAGCAGCAGAAAGCUUGGCGACUCGACAUCCUCACAUCCUACAUCAAGAAACCAGAUUGAGUAUGAACUUCACCACCAUCCUUACCUCUCAAAGUGGUUUCCUACUUAUGAAAGAGAUGUUGCAGAGUAGAUUCCAAGGCAUAAGUGGUGCCUUUCGACUAACCGAUGGCAGGCUGAUCCAAAAGGAAUUCGAGAUCGUAAACGUAUUCAGGGGAGAAAGAACAAUUGGUUAUUGGAAUCCAGAAAACGGGAUUACCUCAAUACUGAAGGAAGAAAACCAUAUUGAAACCAAACUGACAUCAUCUAGUAAGCUUGAAAGUGUUAUUUGGCAUGGAGGAACCAAGGCCAUUCCAAAAGGUUUGUUUCUACAUGGCAAGAGGUUGAGGAUUGCGGUUCCAGUAAAGAUUGGAUUCCAAGAAUUAAUUAGAGUGAUUCGUGAUCCCCAAACAAAUGAAACAACUGUAACUGGAUUCUGUGCUGAUGUGUUUAAGGAAGCCAUUAAAAGUUUGGAUUAUGAAGUAAAUCACGAGUUUAUCCCGUCUGUUAAUGUCGACGGAGGACAGUCUAUAAUUUACGACGAGCUUAUCCUGGGGGUUUAUCAGAAGAAUUUCGAUGCUGUUGUGGGGGAUAUAACAAUCCUUGCCAGCAGAUUUCCGUACGUCGAUUUCACACAGCCGUUCACCGAUUUAGGCAUCGGAGUCGUAGUGCCGAAAAUCAACAACAACAGCAUCUGGAUUUUCCUGAAGCCUCUUUCGGUAGAUUUGUGGAUAACAACUGCUGCUUUUUUCAUAUUCACUGGCAUUGUGGUUUGGCUUAUCGAGCAUAGCAUCAACGAUGAGUUCCAAGGCUCACCAUCUGAGCAAAUCGGAACCGUCUUUUGGUACUCAUUCUCAACUCUAGUAUUUGCCCACAAGGAGAAGCUGUUGAGCAACUUGUCAAAGUUUGUGGUGAUAGUAUGGGUGUUUGCUGUGCUUAUAAUAACCUCAAGCUACACUGCAACUUUGACUUCCAUGUUAACAGUCCAGCAGAUUCAAUCGAGCUCAAGAAACGCCGGUGUAGGUACCAGUGCUGAUUUUUUGCUUUUAAGAGGUGUUAACAAAUCCACAUAUGAAAAUCCCGCGAUCAAGCCAUACCAUAAGCCAGAAGAAUAUGCAGAUGCUUUGACAAGGGGAAGCAAGAACGGCGGUGUGUCGGCCAUUAUUGAUGAAAUACCAUACCUUCAAAUAUUCCUUGCUAAGUACCCUUCCGAUUACACCAUGACCAAAUCCAUGGCUAAAACAGGCGGUUUUGGUUUCGCUUUCCCUAAAGGUUCCCCACUUGUCCAAGACAUGUCGAGUGCAAUUUUGAGGCUAAGGGAGGAAGGAAAGCUGAAGAUGAUGGAGGAUAAAUGGUUUAACAGUACCGAGCCAAUCUUAUCAAACCAAGACUCAGCAAGUACUGUCACCAGCAGACUAAGCGUUCAUAGCUUUGGGGGUUUAUUUCUUGUGACCGCCGUCUCUUCCUCCGCAGCUCUGCUUGUAUGCCUCUUUCAGAAACGAAGAUCCAUCUCGGUCAGCAACUUCAAAUCCUACCUCAACUGUGGUAUAGACUCUGUAAAAGGCUACUUCAGGUCUUCAAGGUGAAAAUAUUUGGAAGAUGAAAAAUCCGACCUACGUUGAUGAUAAUG